CGGAGCAGUCAUACCCUGGCAGUUGAUAUGAGCAAGUAGUCGAGCCAAAAGUAAUCCGUGAUGGAAUUCUUUGACCACAAUGGCCACUGUUCAUUGCGCCUUUUAUUUUGCUCUUCUCUAAGUGUAAAUCUUUAUCGAUAUGGCACGAAUACUACGGGUACCGCCGAGCUGGUGUUGAAAUUUACUGUUUGUUUUAGUAGGUCCUUCGACGUCAUCGGUAGCAGGGCCCCACGUGCCAGUUCAUGAAACUGUUGUUUCCGCUUUGUCGCUCGCAUUUUCACCAUCCUUCCAUUUCUAGACGUGGUGAGCAGGACUACUUCUAACAACCUGCAAUUAAUCACCCUGUGCCUUCUUUUUACGUGUCCGAGGGUCUGGAUUAUUCUUCAGCUGAAAAGGAACAACCCCUCCGCAGCAAACUUCGGUCAGCCUUAGGAGGUUUAAGAACCCCUCCAAUCCCGCAUCAUUCUGACGACCACUCAGCCUCACUUUCAUGAUCUUUGCGAUCUCAGCUGACUAGGUUUUCCUUGACUCUCGCUUCUUCUCUUUUAUUGCGCCUAUUCCUCCGCGGUCACAUUUUUGUUUCCUUUGUAUUGUCCUUCUCUUUUCGUCCGAUCUUGUCCAACGGCUAUUCUACGAUGGUGCACAACAUGGACGAAACACACAAAAGACCCAAGGGUAUCCUGAAGAACCCUAGCUCUCAGAACAUUCAAACAACACAUGAAUCGUUGGCCCCGCGCGCUCCAUCUACAGAGCCCAUGGAUACCAAGGAGCUCACCCUGCAAAAUACCCUACAGAACGCUGGGCGCCGCCACUCCUCGUCCACCGCACACCCUGGGACCGCGUCUCGACGCCAAUCGGUGGCUAGUGUCCAACAUGACGAGAAUUCGCCACGGUUGAAAUGGGACGAGGCAAAUCUUUACCUGACCGAACAGGAGAAAACCGCAAAGAUGAAGAUCGACGAACCCAAAACACCGUAUGCGCCACACUAUGAUCCAAGCCAGGACGAAGAAGAAAUGCAGCUUGCAGAAGCUGAAGACAGCUUGAUCGAUGCACAAGGGGUGGUCGUGGACGAACUUGAUCAGACGACCAAAAAUGCUCGGAAAACAGUCGCUGAGGAUGAGAUUCCCGAUCUCGAGCUAGGAGAGCCGGAGGGGUCGAUCCCUGAUGGUGCUGGAAUCCAGGACAGCGAUCGCAUCGUACGCGCGCGGAGUCUAAGCAAUGAGUCGCACCGGAGCGACAAGCAUGUGGUGAUGGGGGCCAACGAGCCCAACGGCGGGGCUGGCGCAGAUGCAGACCACUUGUUGAGUCCCGAAGAGGCCCAGGAGAAGCAUCGCCAAUUUGAACAGCAAAGGAAGAGGCAUUACGAGAUGCGGAAUAUCAAAGAACUUCUUGCCCAUUCCGUAGAUCUAGAGGAAAUGGACGAGGAUGAAGACGAAGGUGCGAGCAAGAACUCUGCUCCAGCUGUUCCGCCGCCGAUGCCACAGAUUCCCCGAGAGUUCUUGAGGGGAGGAAAGUAGAGGCUGCCUUUUU